GUUUUAUCAAGCAACGGUCAGACUGGUCACCAGCUGAGAAAUUAUUUAUUUUAUUUUGAAGUAAAAUUUUCAAUUAAAAAUCUACCAAAAUGUCUAUUGCUAAGCGUGUACAGCAAUGGGCAACGUUCGCACGCUCUUGGCACAUUUACGAUUGCACUUGGCAGAAUCCAUUCGAGUCCGCUCAAUUGGUUAAAACCCAUUUAAUGGGUCUUCAGAAGCCCAUAUAUCACCCUAUGAUCUCUACUCGCGGCUUGUGCUCUUCACACAAAUUGCUCCCGAUUUACCAGAUACAAAAACGCAAUAUGGGUCGCUUGGGAACCGUAGAUCCGAGUUCUUAUUCGCAACCGGAUUUGAUCACCACGGAGCAUAGUGUACUCAACUGGAAAGUGGAUUUUGCGGCCACCAAGAUUCAAGGAAGUGUGCUUCAUCGCUUCAAAGUGCUGACUGCUAAUCUUGAAAAGAUUCUCCUGGAUGUGCGCGAUAUCAAUGUAACCAACGCCUCGUUGCUGGCCGGAGGCAGUGAGCUGCCGAUUAACUUCUUUAUUAGCGAUGCCGUCGAUGAUAUUGGUCAGAAGCUAACACUGGAGUUGCCAUCUGGAACGGCUAAGGGCAGCCUCAAUGUUCGCAUCGAUUACGAGACGUCGAGCAGCGCCAGUGGAUUGCAGUGGCUGAAUCCCACCCAAACUUUGGGCAAGGAGCACCCCUACAUGUUCUCCCAGUGCCAGGCGAUCCAUGCUCGCUCGGUUAUUCCGUGCCAGGAUACCCCGGCUGUUAAGUUCACCUACGACGCCACAGUUGAGCAUCCCAGUGAAUUAACGGCUUUGAUGAGCGCUCUUAUCAAUAAGAAGGAGGCGGGAAAAACCCAGUUCAAGCAGGAGGUUCCAAUUCCAGCCUAUCUGGUAGCCAUUGCCAUUGGAAAGCUAGUUUCGCGGCCGCUAGGUGAGAACUCCAAUGUUUGGGCAGAGGAAGCCAUUGUGGAUGCCUGUGCCGAGGAGUUCUCGGAAACAGCUACCAUGCUGAAAACUGCCGCUGAAUUGUGCGGUCCUUAUGUCUGGAAACAGUACGAUCUGCUGGUGAUGCCCCCAUCGUUUCCCUACGGUGGCAUGGAAAAUCCUUGCCUUACCUUCGUAACCCCAACUUUGUUGGCCGGGGACAAGUCGCUGGCUGACGUUGUGGCUCACGAGAUUGCUCACAGUUGGACUGGAAACCUGGUGACCAACAAGAACUUCGAACAUUUCUGGUUGAACGAAGGCUUCACCGUUUUUGUGGAGUCAAAGAUAGUCGGUAGAAUGCAGGGCGCUAAGGAGCUGGACUUCAAAAUGCUCAGCAAUCUCACUGAUCUGCAGGAGUGUCUUCGAACUCAACUUAACAAGACACCCGAACUGACCAAACUGGUGGUGGAUCUUUCUAAUUGUGGACCCGAUGAUGCCUUCUCAUCAGUGCCUUACUACAAGGGCUCCACAUUCCUGCGGUAUUUGGAGGAUUUGUUUGGUGGCCCGACUGUGUUUGAGCCUUUCCUUAGGGAGUACCUGAAGAAAUACGCCUACAAAUCGAUUGAGACAAAUGAUUUCAAGAGUGCUUUAUAUGAUUACUUCAUUGAUACCGACAAGAAGGAUAAACUAAGCGCGGUCGACUGGGACUUGUGGCUGACCACCGAGGGAAUGCCGCCAAUCAUACCGAAAUUCGACGAGUCCCUGUCUAAUGUGACCAAGGAGUUGGCCAGUCUUUGGAGCACCAAGAGCGUCGCUGAAUUGUCUGGUAGCGAAGAGAUCAAGAAGAAUGUUUCGAUUCACCAGCUUAUUGAUUUCCUGGGCAAACUGAUCGAGAGCAAGGACAUUGUUGACCUGACCGAGCGCAAGAUUGAACUUCUGGAAUCUACAUACAACUUGAAAAAUUCCAAAAACGCCGAAGUUCGAUUCCGUCUGAAUCGCUUGAUUAUUCGCGCCAAAAUAAUUGAGCGUCUGGACGAGAUUCUCGAAUUCGCUAACUCCAACUUCCGCAUGAAGUUCUGCCGUCCCAUCUAUCGCGAUCUGGCAGGUUGGCCAGAAGCAAAGCCCGCUGCUAUUCGCAACUUUGUCAGCGUAAAGGACCAGAUGAUGGCCGUGUGUUCGCACACAAUUGAAAAGGAUCUGGGACUGAAGUAAAUUUAAGUCUGAUUUGAUGCAUUUUUAAAGGUCUAAAUAAACAAUAAAUUUGUUGCUAUGAUA